AUGACAUAUGAUCCAAAUUCUCCGCUUUCUUUCGCUCUCUCUUAUGUCUCAAACUCUCGGUUCCAUCGUUGCUUCACCAUCGAAGCUACCGCGACUCAUGGACACCUCAAAGUUAGCUACGGAGAGUAUGGCAGGGAGCGCACUGAGCUGGAAAAUCCUCCAACGCUCCUUUUAAUGCCGGGCAUGUUCUCAUCCCGGUACCUUGGACUUUGUCUACAUACUGUUGCUGAGAAAUUGGGCGUGCGUGUUAUCGUCGUCGAUCGUCCCGGAAUGGGUAACUCGACCGACGUUCCACUUGAUCAGCGAGUGCCUGUAUGGGUUGAGACCGUCCCACGUCUCCUGGCGCAUCUAGAUAUCCAGCAUGUGGCUUUGGCGUCACACAGUGCUGGAACCAUUUAUUUAUUGAACACAUUGUAUUCUUGUCGGGAGAUUUUGGAUCCCAAGAAGCCAAUGGUCACAUUCCAAGCGCCCUGGGUUGACCCAGCACACUCCGGUAACACAACCAUGAAAGUUGCCAAAUAUAUUCCUGCGCCAGUUUUCCAGCUCUGGCAUCACAUCCCACGCCUUUUCUUGUCCCAGGACGGGUCUGCCACCGCAACGAGCGGGGAAGCGAUAGCUAAAUUCUCUGCCAUGUUUUCUUCUGGCGCCGCUGAGGAAAGGGACAAGAAUCGCCGUUAUAUCGAAGAUAAUUACGGGCUCAGCAUGGACCAGCAAAAUGAGAUUUCUGCCGCGAUGAUGCAAUUCAUGUUCAAAGAGAAUGCAGCUGGAUCUGACAGUGAGGCAAUGCAGUGUUUACGAAAGAGUCCUAGCACAUGGGGUAAUUGCGAAGACUACAAUCUCUUUGUGAGGGACUUGGUCGAAAGAGAAAGAGAAAGAGAUCGAGCGGGAGUACCGUUAAAGGUUAAUGCGUAUUUUGCUGAGGAAGAUAGUAUGAUUGGGAAGCAAGGACAAGCAUAUUUCGAAAAGUGCUGGCAGCAAGAGGGACUUGGCGGGUUGGGAGAUGUUCUGACAUUCGAGUCGACAACAAUUCCGGGUUCGGAUCACGAUAGCUUGGUACAGUCUGCGGAGGUAUGGGAAAGGAUUCUGGGAGAGAUGAAAGAAACAGCAGACAGUGAAUGA